ACACACCGAACAUUGCAAUUGAGAGAUCAGAUGGCUUUUAUUGCUUUAACUUCUCUCAUUAAAACCAUUGAGCUUGAGUUUCUGCAACCCACCCCAAGAGUAGGGGAGCUGUCUCUCCAUGAUCGGGCAGGAAUCAACUCUUUCAUUGCAAGCCUUUCUUCUUUGCUAGCCCUUCUCCAGAUGGAAUCCAGUGGCGAUGGUGCAGAUAGAGUCAGAGAUUUGGAAAUCGAAAUCAGAGACUUUGCACUCCUAGCUGAAGAUCACAUUGAAAUUCAACUCAGCAACAUCCUUCUGGCUCAACACCCUAAUGAUUACACGUGGUUUAGGGCAACAUACGAACUACUGCAUCGGACUUUGGGAGAAGCAGCAAAAAAUGCAACAGAGCUGUUGAAGAUUCUAACCAGGGAAAAGGAGUCAUGUGUAAGUGAGCAAGAGAUGGCUAGUGUUGCUUUAAUUAAUCUCAUCCCAAAAUUGAAGUAUUACUUUUUGCUACCCUUCCCAACGCUGUAUCUUGGUGAUGAAACAGCAAUGAAAUCCUUCUUCAGAAAUCUUUCUUUUCUGCAGAGGACCUCCAAUAAUGGAGGUGCUGCUGCAAUCAAAAUCAGAAACUUCGCACUCAAAGCUCAAAAUGACAUCGAAUUACAGCUAAGCGACUAUCUUGUAGCCAAACACACUCGGCAUGAAGGAGAAGUUUCCCAGAGACUCCGUCAAACCUUGCUAGAAGCAGCCAAAAUUGCAGCAGAGUUUUUUCACAGUAUCCUCAAAGAAGAACAGCAUGAGAGAGAGAGGGAGGCGACUUUUGCUGCUUUAACUUCUCUCAGGGAAACAAUUGAUGAUGAUGAUAAAGCGGGAAUCAAAUCCACUUUAUUGGAAAACCUCUCUUCUCUGCAACUCUUUCUGCUGCAGCAAUCAACCAAGGAUACGGAUUUGGAAACCGAGAUCAGAAUCUUCGCACUCAAAGCUAAUCAUGACAUCAAAAUACAACUAAACAACUUCUCUCAAGAAAAAGAUUCCAGGGGACUACAUCAAACCUUGCAAGAAGCAACAGCAAAAGCAACAAAGUUGUUGAACAUUUUAACCAAAGAAGGAGAAAAUGCAAGAGAAAUGGCUAGUGAUGCUUUAAAUACUUUCAUGACAAAAUUUUAUUACGACUUUUUGCAUCCCAACCCUAUAGUGCCUCUUGACAAUAGAGCAGCAAUGACAUCUUUCUUCCAAAACCUUUCUUCUUUGCAAGACCACUUGGAGUCUAGUGGUGCUGCUACAAUCAAUGAUUUGGAAACCGAAAUCAGAUCCUUCGUACUCACAGCUGGAGAUGACAUUGAAACACAAGUAAAAAAUUUAGUUCAGGCCAAAGACGACACUGAUUAUCAACAAAACGCUUCCCAGCUCAAUCAAACCGUGGAAGAAGCAGCAGGAAGAGCAGCAAAGUUGUUGAAGAUAAUCAACAGUAGAAGCAAUGAAGUUGAUGAGGCAAAUGAAACUCAGCCAUCAAAUACUUGGUUAAAACAUGCUGCUUCCAAGUCUGCCAAUGUUGAGUCUGAUGGAUCCUCGCAUCGCUUUCUAAAGCCAGAGGGAAGAAUGGUUGGUCGUCACCAUGAUUGUAGAAUGAUAAAGGAUCAGCUCUUUUCUUCCCAUUUUAAACAAACGAUAAUCUCAAUUGUUGGAAUGGUGGGUAUUGGAAAGACUACUGUAGCAAGAAAUGUAUAUGAAGAUCCAUCGGUUGCAUCAUAUUUUGAUGUAAGAGGUUGGGUUACUAUGCCUCAAGACAACAAUAAGAGCGGAAUGCUAAGCCAACUUCUUCAGUCAAUUACACCAAAGGAGCCAAAUGUAAUUAAAAAGGGAAGCACUCCACAUGAACUAGAAAUGCAGGUACGCAAAUGCUUACGUGGUAGGAAGUACCUAAUUGUUUUGGACAACAUUAUGAGCAAUAAAGCUACGACUUGCAUCAGACAGUGUGUUCCUGAUGACAUAGAUGGAAGUUGCAUAUUAGUAACGACUAGACACUUCAACCGAUAUGACAACUGGAACAGCUAUAUCCAUAACAUGACUUUGCUAGAUCCAAAAGAAAGCUGGGAACUAUUUUGUAAUAUCCUUUCUAUUGAAGAGCACUUGGCCCCUAAAUUAGAAAAAAUUAGGACCCGUGUUGUGGAGAAAUGUGAUGGAUUACCCCAGUUAAUUGUUGAAGUUGCCAAGCGUUUAUCUAAAUGCAACAACAUACAACAAGGGUGGAAAAAGAUUGAAAAGGAAUUAGAGUCGUUGGGAAUUCUAGAUCGCAAUGCAAUCAUUGUCAGUUACGAUAUAUUGCCACAUUAUUUGAAAGUUUGCUUUCUAUACUUUGGAGUCUUCCCAAAACGUAAAAAAGUUCUGGUUAAAAUGCUUAUAAGGUUGUGGAUUGCUGAGGGAUUUGUAAAGCCUAAGCCAUGGAAUCAUAAUGAGUUAGAAGAUGAAGCUUAUAACUACUUGCAGGAGCUUAUUGAUAGAAGCCUUCUCUUAAUUGAAGAUCAAAGUUCUGAAGGCAAAAUCAAGAGUUGUAGAAUGCACAGUGCCUUGCAUAGCUUCUGUGUAGGAGAAGCACAAAAAGAAGGUAUUUUGUGUACACUAAAUACUCAGCACCAUCCAAGAUUGCCAUUAAAGGAGUUUGCAAAUUCCUGUCGUUGGCUAAGCUUUUACUCACAUAGUUUUGACUAUUAUGUGCUCCUUGGUACAAACAUCCCUCGCUCCAUUUUCUUCUUCCAUAAAAAUCCUGAAAUGUUUGCUCCUCUCAAGCUGUUGAAAGUUUUGGCUUUUGAUACUUCUAUAUCACUUCAAAGGGUGCCGGUGCAAUUAGGGGAUUUAGUUUUUCUGAGAUACCUAUCCAUAACACAAUGGUUCCAGGAUCUGGAUGAUGUAGUGUCAAAUAAUCCAAACUUAGAGACACUUGUUGUUUCCGGUAAUGGAGCACCAACAGUCCAUUUGCCACCUAGUAUUUGGAAACCACCACACUUAAGGCAUCUUGAACUUGGCAAUUCAUAUUUGGUAGAUCCUCCAAGUGCAGAUAAAGAGAAUUUACAAACAUUAUCUUGGGUGGUGAGACCACUUCAUUGCAGAAGAGAGGUGUACAACAAGUUCCCUAACAUAAAAAAUCUGAAAAUUUUCCUGAAGGAUGACAUUGAGCCCAAUCACAUUGGAGGAUGUUGCAGCUAUCCUAUUAUUUUGGAUAGUUUUGACUAUUUUAAAAGGCUUGAGAAGCUAAGAAUCUCAGUCUCUAUUGGUUGCAAUGUAGCCCUUCCAGAACUGGAUUGGUUUCCUUCACGACUGAAGAAGUUGAAGUUGAGUGGGACUAAUAUUUCUGAGGGGGAUUUAAAUGUAAUUGCCAAGUUUCCAAAUCUUAUGGUGCUCAAGUUGGAAAAUGCUUUUCAUGGAAUAUUAUGGGAAGUAGCUCAAAAAGGAUUUCGUAAAUUAAGAUUCUUGCUCAUUGAAGCUAAAGAGCUCAAGCAGUGGGUAGUUAGCUCCUCGGUUGACUUUAUGAACCUCAGACACUUAGUCUUAAGAUCCUGUACUUGUUUGGAACAGAUGCCAAAGAAUUUUAUAGGUUACCAGUUGGAGUCAAUUAAGUUGGAGGGAUGUCACUCUUCCCUUGUCGCUUCUGCCAAGCAGUUACAACAGAAGAGAAUAUCCAUGGGACUUUUUAGUUUAAAACUUUAAAUGAAAUUGUUGAGAUCAAAAUUAUGGACCCUAAAUAUGAUGGAUCACAGAAUACACAUACAAAAGUGUCUAUGUAAGACAACUUUGGCAUCCUCAUAGUAUACAACUGUUAGAAAAUG